UCCGUCGGAGGUGGUAGGGCGCACACAUGUUCAGCCGCAUUCUAUCUUGUUGACUCACUCGUCGGAUACGCUUGCAAUCGGCGUGGCAAAGGUGAAUCUAAACACCAAGCAAGAGGAGCCAGCGAGCCAGCAGGAGGAAGGAAGUUUGUUUUGGGUUUUGGGGUUGAACGUGUUAAUUGCGCCGCAUCUUGGCCGCAUCGCCGCAUCGCCGCGUCGCCGCCCGUCAUCACAUCGAGCUGUAGCGUGCACGUAAUCUACGCAGCAACACGAGAGCGAGCACGCUCUACCCUGGCACCCGUCGUUUCCUCAUGCACAGCAACCGAUGCUUAACCCAUCGCGAUCGAAGUCGUUGCAAAUCUACAACACCGCCUUGGGUGCCGAUUGGGACGUCAUCUACGCGAGCAUGAGAGGGCAAGCGAUGCGUACAAUGCUAGCAUCAACGCUGGUAGCCCGGGGUGUCCCGAAGGGUACAGCACCACGUGCAUCGAGGCGGAGGUUUGCUUCGCUCCUCCUCGGCGCAGAACGAAGGCACCCGAGCCAUGGCAGCAGCGGCAGCAACAGCAGCAAACUCACUGACAGCAGUAACGCAGAGAGCGGUGGUGUUGCGGGCGCGAGCCCCGCCGGGAUGCCCGCGCCUUGGUGGCAUCAGAAGGGGCAGCUGCGACAGCUCACCACGGUGACCGUCACCAAUCACGAGGCACCGGCGAAAAGAAGCAGCAGCAGCAGCAGCAGCAGCAGCUCUGAUUCGACCGCCUGCGCUUCCAGAGCCACGCCGACAGCAGCAGUAGACCUUCGGAGCGACACGAUGACGAAGCCGUGCAAGAGACUGCGGGCCGCUAUGGCCGGCGCCGAGGUCGGUGACGACGUGUUUGGAGAGGAUCCGACGGUGGCUAGGCUGGAGGAUUGCGUGGCCUACCUGCUCGGUAAAGAGAAGGGUCUCCUGGUGCCGAGCGGCACGAUGGGGAACCUGAUUGCCGUGGGCGCGCACUGCCGUCGAGGAGACGAGCUCAUCCUCGGAGACAAGUCGCACAUCUUUCAGUACGAGGGCGCGGGGGCUUCUGCCCUGAUGGGGGUCUCCUACCACACGGUCCGCAACGCCGAGGACGGGGGACUGGAAGUCGCGGACAUAGAGACUGCCGUCCGUGGCGACGACCCGCACUAUCCGAGGUCGUCCUUGCUGUGUCUCGAAAACACGCAAAACUUGUGCGGGGCGCGGGCGAUCGCCCCGGCGCGGAUGGCGGAGAUGUGCGCCGCUGGACGUCACGCUGGGCUUAAGGUGCACGUCGACGGCGCAAGGCUCUGGAACGCAGCGGUUUCCCUCGAGGUCCGGCCGUCGGAGCUGGUUUCCGACGCGGACAGCGUGUCGGUCUGCCUGAGCAAGGGGCUAGGGGCACCGGUGGGGAGUGUCCUCGUGGGCUCAGAGCAGUUCAUCUACGAGGCACGUCGCUUGAGAAAGUCUCUGGGCGGGGGCAUGCGCCAGUCGGGAGUCAUCGCGGCGGCGGGUCUAGAGGCGGUCGUCAACAACUAUGUUCGGCUGUCAGAGGACCAUGACAACGCAGCGGCUUUGGCCAACGGGCUUGGCGCUUUGCGUGGGAUUAGUGCCGAGCGUUCUCCAGCAGACACGAACGCGGUGUACUUUCAGGUCACUGGCAUGGAUGCGCAGGCGUUUGUGGACGCCCUCGAGCGGGAUCAUGGAGUCUUGAUGGGCUCGGGGUACUUUGGGGGAAGCACGAUACGGGCCAUGACGCAUCUCGAUGUUAACAGGGAGGGCGUCGAACGCGCGAUCGAGGCUUCACGAGCAGUGCUUGCAGACGCCACAGCAAGCUGAAAAGUUGAAAGGUCCGCCGCCGAUGUUGAGUGCAUCCAUCUACUCGAAUCUCGUCAGACGUGAGAAGGCACUUUUAUUUGCGACGAGUUCCGUGUAUUCGGCAGGCACUGGGGCAAAUAGCAUCUAAGUCAUAGACAGGGUGUUGCGGCUUGAAGGAGACACGCCGCACGGCGUAAUACCGUCUGUUUCCACUCAGGACGUUGCCAACCGUCACUCAGAGAAGUUACAGGGUGCCAACUGACAGUUCUGUGCCCAAUAUGCGCGAGGUUGCGAGGGCUGCACGUUUUCCGCAACCGCUGUGCAAACAAACGGUGUUGCCAACCAAAAGGAACCGACGAAAUAAAAGUAGCGAGUGAUGACAAAAACAUUUCUGGAAAACACCGGCGAGAUCGGUUAGUGGAGCAUCUCGGUGAGGCGGUGAGAUCAACUAUUUGCUGUCCAGUGCGAG